CCGACACCGAUGUGCGUUUAAAAUCGUACGAAAUGUUUGCGGUUGAAUAGAAAACAUUGAGUGUUGCCGUAUUAAUUAUUAUAUUUAAAAACAAAAUGAAGGAAAAUAAUUUAAAGAAGACAAAUGAUGUUGAACUCACCGAAGAUGUAUCAUUCCGUGAUAUGAUGUUUUCGGAUCAAGUGCUCGCUGGUCUUAAAAAAUGUAAUUUCGAAAGACCAUCUCCAAUUCAAUUACGCGCCAUUCCCAUUGGACGUUGUGGACUAGAUUUAAUUAUACAGUCGAAGUCAGGUACGGGCAAAACAUUGGUCUAUUGUACAAUAAUACUUGAACGAUAUAAACCAGACAUAAAAGCACCACAAUCACUGAUUGUCGUUCCAACACGUGAAAUUGCAUUACAGAUCGAAAACUAUUUACAAUCGGUUGGAUCACAUUGUUCAGGAUUUAGUGUGGCAUGCGUAAUUGGUGGCCGUGACAUUGUUGAAGAUCGAAAACGUAUCAGUAAAUGUAAAGCAAUCGUUGGAACACCCGGCCGAAUUUUGCAUUUAAUCAAAAAUAAUUAUGUUUGUAUGAAAAAUAUUCAAACGUUUGUACUGGAUGAAGCUGAUAAAUUGGUGUCCGAACAGUUUUAUGGUGACAUCAAUAAAUUUUUGAAUGCAUUGAAUAAAAAUCGACAAAUAAUUGCGUCCAGUGCAACAUACGAGGAUAAUUUGGACAAAUUGAUUGUAUCAUUCAUGCAUAAUCCGAUUGCAGUCUCUACUUCGCGUGAUACACCAGUUUUAAUCGGUGUCAAACAAUUUAUAUUACCAGUUGGUGAAUUUGAUUUGUCACCAUCUGUUUGCAACUCAACGCCAUCGAUUCAAGAAAUGUGGCGUAAGGUAGCCGCCGUUGAAUACAUUCUCAGCAAAACAUCGUUCAAACAAUGUGUUCUUUUUUCGAAUUCACAACUUCGUGCCACAAGUUUUGCCAACUAUUUAACGCAAAACGGAUGGACUGUUGAACUAAUUUUGGGUUCACAAGAUCAAGAAAUGCGCUCGACCACAUUGGAACGAUUUCGGCAGUACAAGUGUCGAAUACUGGUCACAAGUGAUUUGAUGGCAAGAGGUGUUGACAUUGUAAAUGUCAAUCUGGUAAUAAAUUUGGACGUUCCAACUGAUUGUUCAACCUAUUUACAUCGCAUCGGACGAUGCGGCCGAUUUGGAAGACGUGGUUUGGCCAUCACUUUAUCCAGCGAUGAAGGUGAAAUGGAAAAAUUUCGUAAACUCCUUGGGACAAUCGGUGGUAGUAAUAUGAAAGUGGCCAAUUUUCCAAUUACACUGAAUGGUGUCACCAACUUUGAUGCAUGGAACUCAACCGACGAUUGUGGUUCACACAUUUUUGGUUUAGUCGAUACUAAUAAUGAAAAAACGGAAAUCGAUGUGAAUUCAAAAGAGCAACAAAAAUUAAACCACCACAUCGAAAAGGAUGCAGUUGAGAGCAAAAAUUUAAAGUUACUGGAAGUGGCAAAGCUGUUAAUUGAUCACAAUUCGAAUGAAAAUGAUGAGCUUGUAAAGAUUGAUGAAGAUUUAUUUUCAAGCUUUCAAAAUAGUAACCAUACAGAGUGCACAAAUCAAACCGAAUUUACAAUUUCUGAUGAUAUUUUCGAAGAUUUUGCACAAUUUCAAUGCAAUGGCAUCGCCAAUGAAUCGUCGGAAAUGGUCAACGAAAAGUUUGAUGACGGAGAGGUCACAGACACGAAUGCUGAACCUAUUCUGGAAUCUUUGGAACAGGAGAAGGAUGAAGAAAAUGUACCUAAUGAAAAUAGUCAUGUAAUAUCACCAUCAUUACCAAGUGACAGUAUGCCCAAGAUGACAAAAGCUCCGGAAAAACAAAAAGACAAAAAAAUUCACAAAAACCGUUCAAAUUUUGAAGAAGAAUACGGUGCCAGUUGUUAUGGAAUACCAGCUGCGAAUGAUUUUUGGAUGCAAAUCUAUUGGCAACAAAUCAACGAUAUCACGCGUCGGUCGGCGUACCCAUUAGAGUGAAAUAAAUGUAUUUUACUUUUUACUUGAAAUUAUGUAAAUAAAAACUUUAUUUAAUAAAAUUUGAUAAACAAA